CUUCUAGACAUUCUCCUAGGAUUCAAUAUUGAUCAGGAGAAGAAAUGGAAGACCUGAGACAGGCUCUGAAAGGGUUCCAGCUGAAGUUUCUGAGCAGAUCAGUCGCUGUGGCUCCCUAGGCUGAGUUUCCAAGCUGCCGGUGCAUGCCAUUGACAAGCUGCAGGAUGGUGCCCGUGGCCAGGCCGCUGUCGCUGCUCCUCGCCUUCUUCCUCUGCGCCUGUGCUGAGACACCUCCCAGAUUUACACGAACUCCGGUUGAUCAGACAGGGGUCUCUGGAGGAGUUGCAUCGUUCAUUUGUCAAGCUACAGGAGACCCAAGACCUAAAAUUGUCUGGAACAAAAAAGGAAAGAAAGUCAGCAACCAGAGAUUUGAGGUAAUAGAAUUUGACGAUGGAUCUGGAUCAGUUCUCAGAAUACAGCCCUUAAGGACUCCACGGGAUGAGGCCAUUUAUGAAUGUGUGGCCUCAAAUAAUGUGGGAGAAAUAAGUGUGUCCACAAGACUCACAGUUUUACGUGAGGAUCAGAUUCCUAGGGGUUUCCCUACCAUUGAUAUGGGCCCACAGUUGAAGGUGGUGGAACGUACCCGCACCGCCACCAUGCUCUGUGCAGCCAGCGGUAAUCCAGAUCCAGAAAUCACUUGGUUUAAAGAUUUCUUACCUGUUGACACAAGCAACAACAAUGGUCGUAUUAAGCAGUUACGAUCAGGAGCCCUGCAGAUCGAACAGAGCGAAGAAUCCGACCAAGGAAAAUAUGAGUGUGUUGCCACCAACAGCGCGGGCACUCGCUACUCUGCCCCUGCCAAUUUAUAUGUCAGAGAGCUGCGAGAAGUUCGCCGUGUCCCACCAAGAUUCUCUAUUCCACCCACUAAUCAUGAAAUCAUGCCAGGUGGAAGUGUAAAUAUCACCUGUGUGGCAGUGGGGUCACCAAUGCCUUAUGUGAAGUGGAUGUUGGGGGCAGAAGAUCUGACACCAGAAGAUGAUAUGCCAAUAGGAAGAAAUGUCCUAGAACUAAAUGAUGUAAGACAGUCAGCAAAUUACACCUGUGUUGCUAUGUCGACACUGGGCGUCAUUGAAGCAAUAGCACAGAUCACUGUCAAAGCCUUACCCAAGCCUCCAGGAACUCCUGUAGUGACCGAGAGCACAGCUACAAGCAUCACACUAACAUGGGACUCUGGGAAUCCUGAGCCUGUCUCUUACUACAUCAUUCAGCAUAAGCCUAAAAAUUCUGAAGAACCAUAUAAAGAAAUUGACGGGAUAGCAACCACACGCUACAGUGUUGCUGGAUUAAGUCCCUACUCGGAUUAUGAAUUUAGGGUUGUUGCUGUCAAUAACAUUGGGCGAGGCCCAGCAAGUGAGCCUGUGUUAACUCAGACCUCAGAACAAGCACCAUCCAGUGCCCCACGGGAUGUUCAGGCUCGUAUGUUGAGCUCUACCACCAUUCUGGUACAGUGGAAGGAACCCGAGGAGCCAAAUGGACAGAUCCAAGGAUACAGAGUUUAUUAUACAAUGGACCCCACUCAGCAUGUCAACAACUGGAUGAAACACAAUGUAGCUGAUAGCCAAAUCACUACGAUUGGCAAUUUAGUACCCCAAAAAACAUACUCUGUCAAAGUCCUGGCUUUUACCUCAAUUGGAGAUGGUCCUCUUUCUAGUGAUAUACAAGUCAUCACUCAAACAGGAGUACCAGGGCAGCCACUAAACUUCAAAGCAGAACCUGAAUCUGAAACAAGUAUUUUGCUGUCUUGGACACCGCCACGAUCAGAUACCAUUGCCAGCUAUGAACUGGUCUACAGAGAUGGGGAUCAAGGAGAAGAGGUAAGACUUAUAAAUCUUUUCUCUGUGGAAAAGAUUUACACAUGA